AUGUCCUACUAUUGCCACGAAUGUGCACAAAGAAGAGAAGUAGUGUAUCAUCCAUUAGCCUGCGCAGUGUGCGGAAGCGAGAUAAUAGAUUCUAUACCGAUUGUCAAUGAGGAAAGCAGCGAAGAGGAAGAAUUGCAAGAGUUCUUUUCUGAGAUUGACAUGUAUUACAAUGCUCUGGCACGAGAGCAAGCUCAGGAUGACGCUAAUUUCCCCAGCUUCGAGGACGAGGAAGAAGAGGGCAGCGAGGAGGCUUUGGAGGAGAGAUGUCUAUUCGAGCAACUGGCAUCCAUGUACAAUCAUCCGGUUGCCAGAAACUUUACGAGCAGCAGCACGCAUCCCUUUAUAGCAUCAUCCUCGGGAUCCGAUACACCUACCGUUUUGAGAGAGCUAGCCGAGAGACUGCAUCGCAAUGAAGCAGAAGAAGCAGAGGAAGAGGCGGAUGAUACUGAAGAUGACGGGGACAUUAUCUCGUACGAUGUGCGCUUUGAACAAAGAGCAAUGAAUGAGAACAACGAAUUGGAACCGCCGCAUGCAGACAGGACGUGGGAAACGCCCAUCGCACCAGAGCCAGAAACCGAGAGCCUAUUCCACCUGCCAUUUGCUCGAUUUGGAAGACUGUUGGAUGCCAUGUACAGCUAUCGCUCUGAUGAUGAAUCUGAUGAAGGCGAUGGCGAAUAUCACCGAAGAAGCUUCUUGGAUAAUCUAGCAGACAUCUUGUCAGAUUACACCUCAGAAGCUCGUCAGCAACAAUCCGUUACCACACCCUCAGCAACAGUAGAUGUCAUUGUCAAAAGCUUGCAGAAAUCAUGUUUAGACUCAUCUGAUCCAUUGGUACACGAUGAAUGCAUUAUCUGCCAGGAGGUAUAUGGAACGUCCAUUGAGAUCUUCCACUUGCCUUGCCAGCAUAAAUACCAUGGUGUUUGUAUCACAAAGUGGUUUAGUGUCAAUACAUCGUGUCCAAUAUGCCGGCACCCUGCAGAUAAAGAACAGCAACAGAAUCAAGCAAUGCAACAAGGUCAGCAGCAGCAGCAAAGUGGCAGACCGCAAAACACAACGCCUCCGUCUAUCACACUAGAUGGCUUUAGUUCGCCUACCUCAUCCGCGCCUUCUCUGCCUUCAACUUCCUCCUCGUUUGUAUCUGCAACUCAUGAAGUAGAGCGCUUUGAUUGGUCAGCUAUGCGCAUUGUGCCAGGGCAUGCUCCUUCUCUGACGGAUAGCGAUCAAAGUGAGGAUGUUGUUUUGGAUGUGUGGCAGAAUAGCGACACAGAGCCAAGUCGAGAACAAAACGAACAAGAGGAGCACGACACAGAUUCGGAUGAUGAUAUCGUUCGUAGUUUUGAGAGAUCCAUUUCAUCCGUGCUGUCACCUAGAGUGCUAAACACAAUACUGGGUGGUGAUUCUGACUCCAGAAGUCAGGGAACAAGAGAUGUUUAUCCACCUUUGAAUCCCAUGGAUUUCUAUAUGACAGAUCGUUAUCGCACACCUUCGCCGCGCAUUAGAUGGGAUAUCAGCAGUGUGCAUGAUGACGACGAUGAUGAUGAUACCAUGUUGAUGGAUUGGGUGCACAACUCGUCCAUGGAUGAAGUGGACUAA